AUGAACGUGGGGCUUGGCUGGAAACGAUUGUUCCAAACUGCCCUGUUCGAGUUGGGGGUUGGGAAUCACGUGGAAUCAUGCUUUCGGCAGGCUCUGGCUGGAAAGUACAAUGCCAGCGUAGCCUUUGACCCAGCCAUUUUCAUCUUCUUGCGUGUGAGACCAUUAACAUACAGUAUUCGUCCAGUGGUUGGCAGAUGGCCACAAACAGCGGACGCGUUGAACUUUCAGAUGCGCUCAGCUGCGUUGAUAGCUAUGUUGAGCUGCUGCGAUCGUUGGAAGGAUCUUCCAGAGAUCGCGACCCUUUUGAUUAGCAACGGUGCGGAUCCUGACGUGAAGGAUGUCGAUGGCUGGACACCGUUGCACCACGCCUGCUUCAAUGGAAACUCGCGAAUGGUGAAGGAGCUCCUUCACGGUGGUGCCAACCUUUACAUUCGAGGCUCUGGCGGCUUCACGUCUUACAUGGUCACGAAGUUACCACAGAAGGCUUCAGAGCUGAACGAUGCAGCACUUGGACUGGUGCAGCCCAGCGAGGGUGUGGAUUUUUCCAAGCGCAUCGUUCCCAUCCUGAAGGACGAGCAAAUGACUCCGUUGCAGAAGAUUGAGGAGAUGCUCAUGCUGCCGGGGGUGAACCAGCACCCCGACCGCCUCCGCCUGUACGAGAAUUUCUUUCACGCGGCGAAAGGACCCAACAAGGUCAAGUUGAAGCUGGUGUGGGCGCACCUCAUAAUGCCUCUGAUACCGCGAAUCCGCUCCGGAGAGGUGGACAUGGAAGUGGUGCCGGGUGCACAUCUGUCAGCUGAGGGCAAGACAGAACAUCUCGCCGAAGUUGACCGGCGCAGACAGCUGCAGACCCAUUUUUUCCGCCACUGGCUUGCGGAGACAAGGGGACCUCGGCCAAAUUCGCUCUGGAAGUUUGAGAGCCGAGAAUCCUACAGGAUAGAACUGCAGGCACUUCUCGAGCAAGAACUCGACAUUUUCAGGGAGCGUUUCAAUGAUCUCUAUGCCAGGCCCAGGGCCAAAAGGAGUCUGAGACUGUGUGUGGGCGAACGGUCAGACAGGCUUAGGGAGGAGGAGUUCGGCGAGGCUUUGGCCGUGGGUGCCCCAGUGCCACAGCGGCCACAGGGAAUGCGUACCGAGGCGUCUCAGAGGGGCAGCUUGCAGAAGCAACUCAGCAGUAACUCAGGGUUAGCUAUGAGCGAGGCCGUGACACAGAAUGAGACCAUCCACAAGCUCCUCGUUAUGGUUGUUUAG